UGCCCUUUAAGGCUCUUCUAAUCAAUGAUUAUUGAAGAAGUGCUCUUGAUUCAUUGAAUGAUUCGAUUCGCAAAAGGAAACCCAAAAAGCCGCCACGCAAAGAGUUCUGACGAAUGCAGCCGGAAUGCUAAGAGCAGUGGACAGCCAGCCGCUCCAGCCAAAGUCGCCACGCAAGUCUCCUUUCUUCUUCUUUUCUUCUACCAGUAUCAGGGUCAUUCCAGACUCCUACCGUAGAAAACACAAUGUUGCGGAUAAGCAUAAGUACCGCACCACAGUUGUCGUGUUGCAGGGUCUGCAAACCUGGAAAAGUUCACUGUGAUUACUCAACCAGCAGCUCAAUCAGCACUCCUCCCCUCUCCUCGGACCAACCUUCUCCUUCAAAGCUCAUAAACAUCGAUUGAAUCAAUCAUCCCAGCACACUUCAAACUCCACCAUGCGCAACAUCCAGAGAUCGAUCAGCGAACGGUCGAAAGGAGGUAGAUCUGGUAAAGAUGGUAAAGCCAGUCGGAGAUCUGUUAGUCCUAUCAGGGUCGCCUCCCAAAUGGCCAACACAUACGUCAACAAUGUUCUAUAUUUGUCCAACACAGCCUUGAGCAGUGUGACAGCAGCAAGCGAUACAGCCGUCACAGGGGCUCAGCAAGCAAGCGCGACAGUGCGAGCUGGAGCAGACUUAGUAGGAACCACAGCUCUUACUAGUGCAGCUACAGCCGUUACAGCUGCAGCCUUGGCAGCUACCACAGGUGUUGGCACUGUGGGACAAGCUGGUCAGAUAGGCCUGACUGGGGCAACAAACUUUGCAACCACACUGACUGGUUCCCUGCAUGGAUCUCUGCAUGGGUCUCUCAACAAUUCCUUCUCUGGAUCUCGCCGUGGGUACAUUGAAGAUAUUGCCAAGAUGGAUAUCUUUUGCUCUGACCUCUAUACUGAUGAGUUUGUGCUUGAAGAAAUCCAAAAGGCCAAGAAGAAUCCACUCAUCACAAAGCUUACAAUUGAGGACUUGGUCAUGAGAGACAAUGACAAACUCAUGAGAGCAACACUUAACCUUGUGUCCAAGAGCACCAUGACCCCCAGGGAUGAAUUUGAUGAGUUUGACGAUGAUGAAGAGCACUUGCCAUCGGGUCCCUAUGAGCGCGACUGGGGAUGUCUCACCUUUUGCGAUUGCAUUGGCACAGCAGAAGACUACCAGUUCUACACUGAGCGCAAAAAGGAAUUUCAGGGUGAUAUCCGCAGAGUGCUCAAGAAGAAGGGUGUAGUCAAAAUGCCCAUCAAAUUCACGGCCAAGAUUGAAAUGGCUCUGCUCGACAUGAAUGAGAUGGUCGAUCUACUGCAAGAGAUUGAGCAUGACAAGACGAUUAUUGAUGUACAGUUUCCCUAUGAGACCAAGGAUGCGAAGAAACUACCAGCAAAGUUGCUUGACAGGUUUGAUGAAUUGUCCCUUCAGUGGAAGGAAGGUGCUGAUCCAGUGGAGAUCCACAUCAAGUAUGGAACCAAGAAACCCACAAAAGGGAAACGGGCAACCCAUCUUGUCAAGCAGUGCUCCAUUCGAUUGGAGCAUAUCGUCAUGAGUUUGAACCAAGGAUGGACAUUUAAGGGAGACCUUGGUGAUUCUCCUCACGCAUCGUCGAGCCAUUCAACCGGCUAUGAAGCCCUCAUUCGUGGCAGCCUCGCCGCAUGACAGUCGACCACAAGCUAUUACCAAAGGUGUUGGAAAGAGUUUAGAUUCACAAACGCAGAAGUCGCUAAAAGCUACAUUUAGGCUAAUAAUUAGAACAAAAACUCCCUUGC